AGCAAAGCUGGAGAAGAUGUGGUUGCAGUAGUCAAUGUGUUGUCCAAAUUUCUUCCUCUACGCAUCUUUGCACUCUUUAACCUGUUACGUGUAGUUCCUCGGCUGUUUGGAAGGGUCACUGGGAAGAACCGUGACAACAUAGCUCAAACUAUGACCGUAGAAAUGUUCAGGGAAAGAAGACUCCUAUAAUGAUGAUGUUUUGGACCAGAUAAACUCAAGCAUCCUUGGUGUUGAAGGGCCUUCUCAACUAGCAGAGGGAGAUAAUGCUGGCCAAGAUGAAGCAUUUGAGUUAUUUCCUAUAUUUAUGGGAGGGCUUCUAUCACGUCAAAAUCGCUCUAUGUUAGACCAGCUUGGGUGUUCCAUAAUGAACAUGGAAGCAUUUGAAAUCACAAAGGCUCUGAAAAAGGAGCUAUUGCGCAAAAGCCUUCAGAAGUUGCCACCCUCUGAGCUCAUGGACUUUUUGUUCUUUUUAUAUGAGUUUCAGAAUGAAGGAUUUUCAGCUGGCUUGGUCAGUUCACUACGAGAUCUGGAUCUCUCCGCUGUCCGCAUGACGCCCCUUAAGUGUACUGUUGUGUCUGCGGUAAUGGGAGAUACUAGGAAACCAGUUGCAGAAAUGAACCUUAGUAACUGCCAUCUAGAUCCUGAUGCCGUCCACACUCUAUCACCCUUGCUGAGGAGAUGCCAGAAUGUGAAUUUGCAGAUGAAUUCACUAGGACCCAAUUCCUGCAGAGAAAUAAAAGAUAUUCUGCUCCACCCAGACUGUGCGAUUACCAAUUUACGAUUAUGUAAUAACCCUCUGACACCAGAAGGAGUAGGAUUUAUUAUGGAGGGUCUUGCUUCUAACAGUUCAUUGAAGCACUUAUCACUCCUUCACACGGAUCUUGGAGACAAGGGGGCCGAGAUGUUGGCAGAUCAUUUGGGAAGAAAUCAAAACCUUGAGGAGUUGAAUCUGGCAUACAAUGGGAUACAUGACCAGGCAGCUUUCAGGAUUGUUGAAGAGGCUGCACACCACCCAACACUGAGCAGAGUGCAUCUCUACUUUAACGAACUGUCAGAUGAUGGUCUCCGUGCCCUGAAGCCUGUGGGGGUCAAAGUCCUUGUAUCUCUUACUGAGGGAGCAGAUGCAUCACGUCACUGGCAUGUAAUAUUAAAGGAGCUGCGGGCCAAUGUUGGAGGCUGGGAUCAUGCACGCAUUAGUGCCCACCUCACUCUACUCUUGCGGGAUCUGCAGCAGAGCCGGGCACUAACUAAAAGUCUGUGGCGCAAAGCACGGAUUUUUCGUGUAGAGACUGAAGUGAAACGUAUGCUGGGCAGAAUUCAGCAGGGAACACUUUAA